GGCUGGCUUGUGUCUCGUCUUUAUCUGAAGGGACCAGCAGCCAACUCUCAGAUCCCCUCGGUCAGGCUCUUGCGCUUCCGCCUUGCACUUCCGACUUGCAGGAGAAGAUACACGUCAAGACCGAAGACCCCAAGCCACGUGAGAGCCCUGUGCAACGCAAAUCGGACGCAAGUGGUGAAUGGUGAUCUGCAUCAAUUGGCGAGAAGUGUCACUGUUGAGCACGGCGGAGGCAAAGUGGGCGAUUGCACUAAGCGUGAGCUGCGGGAUCGUGGCCGGCUUCACUAUCGGUCGCAUGACUGGACGAGGACGUGGUAGCAAAAUUGGCGGUCGACGUGGACGUUGGUCUAACGACGGUCGCUACUGGAUGGAGAACAGCGGAAGUGGGAGCGGUGGGCAGACUAACCAGGCCACGUAUAACGUGCCAGGUACAGUCUACCCUCCCGGCGUCAAUCAGCACCACUAUGGGGUGCCAUAUCAGCAACCGAUCGCAACGCUGGCCGCCGCCCCUGUACAACCUGUGCAACAUGCGCAACCUGUGCAGCAACCGUUGCAUCCUGUGCAACCAGCACAGCUUCCGAUGGCUCAGCACGGACCUAUUCCGCAACCUUGGGGCAUUCAACCUUGGCAGAUGCCCAGGCAGUGGCCGAUCAAUGGGCAGUGGGGUGCUCCGCCAUCUGCUAGUAUGCCGCCUCCUGUGAAUCCUCCUCCAGUCAACCAAACUGCAGCACACCAAGUAGUAUCGAGCGGCUCGACCAAUGCUCCAAGCGGAAAUGCUCGUAAAGACCCGGCGGCGAAUGAAUUUCCUGGACCAGGCAACAGAGCGUACUUCACGAAAGAAUACAUGGAUAUUCUAGAAGACAUCAAGAUGAACAAAGCCGUUGAGGAGGCGAAGAAGCGGCUAUCUGGGAAUCGUAGAACCAGUGUAUGCAUUGCCGACUCGCUAGAUGCUGGAAGUCGAUCGGACGUGCGCUCCGCUGAAGAAUCGAAGUCUGCUGACAAGACUGCCGAGAUGAAAGUUUGGGUCAUGACGACAUUUGGGAGCUCUCCCAAACUCAUUACAGAGAAGCUUCAGGAGGUAGAUCAGAAGGUGAAAGUGUCCGUUGUUGAUAAAACCGAAUUGGCGAAGCUGCGAGAGGAGAAAGCCGCCCUGGAGAAAGUUCUCGUUGGAAAGGAAACAACGGAGAAUGGGGGGCGGGAGUUGUCGAGUAGCGAGAAGCGAAAGCGGGCGGUUGAACGUACGCCGAUUGGUAACUCACCUCGAAUCGACCGAGUCAGUUUGCGGGGUAGUAAGACCAAGCCACGGACGAAGCGCAUAAAUGUAUCGUCAGAUGACGAAAGUGACAAGGCAGGCACGGUGAAGCAAAAACUCCAGCCUAAGAUGGAGACAAGCAGUGAGCUGGCCGACAUCAAGACCAUGCUGACUGCGCUGCUGAAUGGCCUAGCGGAUGCCAAAGGAAAGACCCCCAUCAUUGAGCAUGCACCAGCUUCGGCACCAGGGGACAAGGUACCGAGUGAGGAUGAAAAUGAGGAUCUCGUCCAGAACGCAACCAACAAAGAGGACGAGGAAGAAAGCGAUGAAGGGGGCCUCGCUGCGUACAUGAAGAUGACGCAGGAAUUCUAUAGCUCUCUGCACUACACGCGUGUCCAGGACCUGUGCAAACAUAAAGGCAUCCCCUAUUUCAAGAAGGAUCUUGGAGCAUGGGAACUGGCGAAGAUUGACCUCCGAGAAUACACGGACAUGCUGAAAGGCGAAAGGCUUGAUAAUGCUCCGGAACCGUCGUCACGUAAGACUGAAGCACGAUCGGCUGGAGGGAGAAGCCCUCUAUGUCUGACAAUCCAGUUAAGGGAAACUGAUCGGAGAGAGUAUUCGAUCGAAGCGACGAGCAUGUAAUCGUAUUGCUCGUUUAAAGUUGAUCGUUGAUAAUUCACUUGCUCACUUGCUUGAGAAACUGCAUGUCCUUGUGA